CCUCCAGGGCAGAGCAGCCCAGCCGCAGUGUCUGCGCCCGGUUUGUGUCAACUUGACGAGUCGAGAUGGCAAAUGUGUUGAGAAAUUCCGCCAAAUUCGGGUUUUCAGGUGUGUUGUCCCAGUUGUCCAUCCACAGUAGACAUGGGAGAGAGUGUGUGUCGCCAUGCUUCUCUCUGCAGCAGAGGAACAACUCUACCUCACCUAAGAUCAAGGUGGACCUGGACAGCAGUACAGGUGUAGCAGUGUUGAGGAUGCAGAGUCCCCCUGUCAACAGUCUGAGUCUGGACUUCCUCACUGAGUUCUGUAUCAACCUGGAGAAACUAGAGAUGGACAGGAGUUGUAGAGGUCUGAUCAUCACCUCGACCCUCUCCAAGGUGUUCUCUGCAGGGCUAGACAUCAUGGAGAUGUAUGGGAAAAGUCCGGAGCGCUGUGGAGAGUUCUGGAAGGCUGUUCAGGAGAUGUGGCUCAAACUCUACGGAUCCAACAUGGCUACCAUAGCUGCCGUCAACGGUUCUAGUCCAGCAGGCGGCUGUCUCAUGUCUCUUGGAUGUGACUAUAGGAUCAUGGCUGAUAACCCUCGCUACAGCAUCGGACUCAACGAGACUCAGCUCGGCAUCGUAGCUCCCUUCUGGUUUAAGGACACGCUGGUGAACACGGUUGGUAACCGGGCAGCAGAGCUGUCGUUGGAGCUGGGUCUGUUGUACAGCGCUCCUGAUGCCCUGAAGAUCGGCCUGGUGGACCAGUUAGUACCUGAGGACCAGCUCCUCUCCACUGCACAGGACACCAUGUCCAAGUGGCUGGCUGUACCAGACCAUGCCAGACAGAUCACCAAGUCCAUGAUGAGGAAACCGACCAUUGACAAGCUGCUGUCUAACAGGGAAGCUGACAUCACCAACUUUGUGAGCUUCAUCACUAAAGACUCCAUCCAGAAGUCCCUUCGCAUGUAUCUGGAGAUGCUCAAGAGUAGAAAGGCCUAGUCUGGGGCCCGAACGGCUCCCCGGUCCCCAGGGCCUUAAAAGGGCCCUGGUCAAAAGUAGUGCACGAUAUAGGGAAUAGGGGGCUACGUCCCAAUUAUCUCUCCUUUCUCCUGUGUGAACUUGUUCUCUUCCCUUCACGGAUUUGAAAGAACAUUUUUGUGGCGAACGAGUGCACCCUUCAGGAGUAAAGGAGAGAUUAUUGGAACGCAGCCAUCCUUGAAGAGGAUGUCUUCUGAUGCCCAGGCACACAUGUGAAAGUAACCUGGGGGUGAGCCUCAAUAGUCUGCCUCCCUCUGCUUGUCUCCUUUCACUUAUUGAGAGACACCCACUGGUUACAUCUCAAAUAGCACCCUAAUUCUCUAUGUAGUGCACUACCCCUAUAAGCCCUGGUCAAAAGUAGUGCACUAUAUAGGGAAUAGGGGUGCCAGUUGAGACGCUACCCUGUCAUAUAGGGUUUUUUGAAACUAACGUUUCUUAUUGGACAAAAUGAGGUAGUUCACUCCCUGUUUUGGCCCGUUUGGAUCCUAAUGAACACACCCCCGGCCUUAUUUCCCCUGCCACAAUGUUUGACUGUUUGGGCUGAAACACAGAGCACUGUUACGAUGUAGGGGAUUGUACAGUAUGUCAUCUUGCCUUUAUGUCUGUGAACAUAAUCUUUGUUUUUUCAUAUGAUCUUCUCCUGUACUGUUGGUUUGCAAGUAAACAUCUUUAAAAUACA